CUUUUAAAUCUUCCUCCCAGUCCCACAAUAAAAUAUUAGACAACGUAAGAUAAAUAUUGGUAUUUCAGCUUGAUAUAAGUUUAAUCAAUCGAGUGACUUUACAAUAACAUAAAGCGAAGAUUACGUAAUGUCUGUGGAAUGUGUAGUUCACACGCACUGAUUGACCUGAUGAGGUAGAUACAUUUAGGUCAAACCAGACAGUGAAACAAUUGUUCGGUGAAUCGGUCUCAACAAAAGAUAUUUCGGUCAUUUUCAAUAUAUAUCUUGACCAUUAUUUUUCUUUUCUUUUUCUGAUUAGUCCCAGAGUACACUUUAUUUACUUUUCAUAAUGAAUUUAAUGAUUAAUAUUAAUCUAUAUAAAUAGAUCUAAUUAUAUCUUAAACUAGCUCAAUUUUACUGACAUUUAUGUUUUCUUUUUCAUAUUGAACUAUGCCAAAAUCACGCACAAAUACAGCGAAAUCCACCGGGACCUCACGCCGACGGGUCGCAGACGGAAAUACUGAUCCCCCACAACCUGCAACACUAUCUGGAAGGCGGACUGGCUAUGGUAGAAAACGGUCUCAAACUGUCAGUAACAGCGGGAACCAGCUACCGUCUAACCUUAUGGCUAAUGAUCAACAUCCAGGAACCCAGAUUCUUCCACAAGGGAUUCAGCUCCCACAACCUCCUCUUAACCAAGCGAACCAGGUGCAACCACCAUUUCAGACAGAAAACGGUCCUCAACCUCAAGGUAAUCAGCUGCCACCCCAGCUUCCUCUGGAUAACAAUCUGCAAGAUAUCCAUCAGAGGGCGUCGUCAUCUGCAGACACAAUUCAGCAGCAGCAGCAGUCAGCCACAGACUCCCAACCGAACUUCACGGUUUGGAUUGUGGGAUCCUCUCUAAUUAAAGGUGCAUAUCUCACCGCAUGCCAAAGGAUCAAUGGCGAACAGUUGGGACUCCAGUCUAUUAGCGGUAAUGUUUUGUGGGAGUUUUUAGGGGGAAUGAAAGUUUCUGACCUAAGUGAUACCAUAACAUAUCUUCUUAAUUUUAACCGUCCACCAAAAUUUUUAAUUAUUCAUUGUGGCGGCAAUGACAUUGGUCAACGUCCUAUGGUCGAAAUUACAUGGGCUAUUAAAGACUUCAUUACUAAAACAGUAUUGGUUAAAAUGCCAGAAACAAAAAUAAUUUGGUCUCAAAUUUUACCGAGGAGAUCUUGGAGAUAUAUUUCUGAUAAUGUUAUAGCCAAUAAAAUACGUUCUAGAAUCAACAGUUGUAUUAGUACAUUUUUUAUUAAACAAGGAGGAUUUUACAUUAAAUAUCCAGACAUUGAUGAAAGUCAAAGAUUCUUCGCACAAGACGAUACACAUCUGUCAAACCUUGGCUAUAGUUUAAUGCUAAACAACAUAACAGGGGCAAUUAGAACUUUUAAUUCUGUUGUUGUCUGAAGGGUUUUUCUUUUAUGCUAGCCCGCUUUGGCGGAAGCCCACUUCUCCCAGUUUCUUACACUGUGAUCGUGGCCUUAUGGCAUUUUCUAGCAUAAAAUACUUUUUUGCAUCCGUUGCCGGGGCAAAUCAUUAGUAUAUAAAUUUCCAAUAAUUUUUCAGCCAUGGCCACUUUCAUGCCAAUAUUUUUUUAAAAUAAAUGAGUCUAAAAUUACAGUUUGUUAGUUUUAAUACUUUCCGGUUUUGUUGUUGGAUAAUACUCUAUUUAUUCGUUUAAGGAUAAAUAUUUUAUCCAACACAUCACCGGAACCAAAUAUCUCAUAAGGGCCUCCUUAGAUUUCUUUUUGUGUAAGAGAGUUUUCAAGGGGGACAACUCAUCCUCUAUAUAAAUAAAGCGAUCUCUAGAACUUUCUCUUUCCACGACAGCUCCAUUGCAAGGUAGACAUCAAAAAUUAUUUACAUUUCUUAAAUUGUACGUUUAAUAUUCAUUUAAUUUAUAAAACAAAACCCCACCACUUC